AUGGACCCAAACCAAAAUCCAAGCUUGAAAGCGUAGCAUAAGCGAGCGAGGAGCCAGCUGUCAAAGCGAAGUCCAUGGCCCAAUUCCUGAACCUACCGCGCCCUCCGCCUCCAGCAGCCGCCGUAAACUGCCGGUCAUCGACCCGUCCCGACUGCUCCCCACGUCUACGUGGCGACGGCUGGGCUUCUGUGCGCCGCGGCCUCGACUCCAACGGCAGAUUCACUUGCCUCUUCUCGGAUAAUCGGAGGGAGGAACAAGCGAGGAAAGCUUUAGAAAGUGCACUUGGUGGAAAGAAAACUGAAUUUGAGAAAUGGGACAAAGAAAUUAAGAAGAGAGAGGAGGCAGGGGGUGGAGGUGAUACUGGUGGAGGAGGCUGGUUUAGAUGGGGAAGAUGGUUUGGUGGAUCCAAUGAUGACAACUCUUGGCAGGAAGCACAGCAAGCAAGUCUUGCUGUCUUGGGUAUUAUACUUAUGUAUCUCAUAAUAGCGAAAGGUGAGGUGAUGCUUGCUGUUGUUUUCAACCCCCUGCUGUUUGCUUUGCGAGGAAUGAGAAACGGAUUGACUUUUAUAACAUCAUGGAUUUUGCGAACGGUAGCUCCCGCUAGUCAUGUCAAUUUUGAGAACAUCCGAAGGGAGGAAGUCCACACCCACAUUUCUGCCAAGGAAAGAGUAGUGAGAAAAUGGGGAAAUGAAUAGUAGUUUCAGGAGCUGACAUUCUCCUCAUCUAUUCUGUCAAUUCAAUAUAUUGCUUUUGGAUGUCGAAUGAAAAUUUUGCCCCUUCUUUUUAUGUGAUGGCUAAGCAUAUUGGUUUUUGUCCA